AUGUCCGCCGUAAAAUCUGUCUCCUCCUUCAGGCUCGCCUCUCUCCUCCGCUGUGAGAAUGAUCCCUCCGCCGCCAUUAAGCUUUUCCGAAACCCUGAUCCAGAACCAACGAACCCAAAAAAACCCUUCGAUUACUCGCUUCUUUGCUACGAUCUCAUCAUCACCAAACUUGGCAAAUCCAAGAUGUUUGACGAGCUAGAUCAAGUCCUCCUCCAGCUCAAAACCGAUACUCGGAUCGCUCCCAUGGAGAUUAUAUUCUGCAAUGUGAUCAAUUUCUACGGCCGUGGAAGUUUACCCAGUCGUGCGCUCCUACUGUUCGACGAAAUGCUUCAAUACCGUUGCGAACCCACUUUGAAAUCCGUCAACUCUCUGUUGAGUGCGCUCAUAAAGUGUGGAGCUUUCGACAAAACGAGAGAAGUUCUCUCGAGCAUUGAGUAA